GUUUGCAGCGUUUCGGCAGCGCGUGUGUCCGUCUGUUUGUUAUUGAAACACGCCGUCGGUGACAUUUGCCCGGUGCAGCGUAAACGAUGCUUCUCGGACGGAGCCCAGGCCGCCUGCUACCGGCUCUGCGGCGCUGCCUCCUGCACUGCCGCUGCAUUAAGUCCACAAACACCGCCUCGAGUGCUGUUGGGGACGGCGUGGUCUCUGCCUUCAGGUCUAUAUGUGGCGAGGAUGGAGUCUCACUGGGUGAUGCUGUUAGAGAACAACACGGCAAAGAUGAGUCUGUACACAGAUGCCGUCCUCCAGAUGUGGUGGUGUUUCCACGUUGCGUGGAGGAGGUCAGCGCCUUGGCCAAGGUCUGCCACAAGCACCGCCUUCCCAUCAUCCCUUUUGGCACUGGGACUGGCUUGGAGGGAGGGGUUGGAGCUGUGAAGGGUGGUGUGUGCUUCAGUUUAAGGAACAUGGACCAGGUUCUGGACCUCCACCCAGAGGACUUUGAUGUGACGGUGGAGCCCGGUGUAACUCGAAAGGUCCUCAAUGCAUACCUGCGAGACACGGGCCUCUGGUUUCCUGUUGAUCCUGGAGCUGAUGCAUCUCUGUGCGGCAUGGCUGCCACCAGUGCAUCUGGCACUAAUGCAGUUCGUUAUGGGACUAUGAGGGAAAACGUUAUAAACCUGGAGGUGGUGCUGGCCGAUGGGAGCAUUGUGCACACCGCUGGGAAGGGCCGGCGUCCCAGGAAGACUUCAGCUGGCUAUAACCUGACAAACCUGUUUGUAGGCUCAGAGGGUACCCUGGGGAUCAUCACUAAGACCACGUUACGCCUGUACGGCAUCCCAGAGGCCACGGUGUCAGCCGUCUGUUCGUUUCCUUCCGUCCAGGCUGCCGUAGACAGCACGGUGCAGACCCUACAGGCCGGAGUCCCCAUCGCUCGCAUCGAGUUUCUGGAUGAUGUCAUGAUAGAUGCGUGCAACAGGUUCAGCUCUCUGUCCUACCCCGUGACCCCGACUCUCUUCCUGGAGUUCCACGGCUCAGAGAGGAGCCUUGAGGAGCAGGUCACCACAGCCGAGGACAUCACUCAGAGUAACGGAGGGUCAGACUUCCAGUGGGCUCGAGAUACGGAAACACGGAAUCGGUUGUGGAAAGCUCGUCAUGACGCCUGGUACGCUGCUCAGGCUCUCAGACCGGGCUGCAAGGCCUACUCUACAGACGUGUGUGUCCCUCUGUCUCGACUGCCUCAAAUUAUUGUGGAGACAAAGGAGGACCUGAUUGAGAACAGACUCACAGGUCCCAUAGCAGGUCAUGUGGGCGAUGGGAAUUUCCACUGUCUGAUGGUGGUGGAUCCCAGCGACCUGGAGGAGAUGCACAGAGUCCACCUGUUCACCGAGAGACUGGCCAGGCGAGCCCUGGCCGUGGACGGUACGUGUACAGGAGAGCAUGGAGUGGGUUUAGGAAAGAGGGCGCUGCUGUGUGAGGAGAUGGGACCUGUGGGCAUCCGGGUCAUGCAGAGUCUCAAGGACACCCUCGACCCAAACAACUUGAUGAAUCCUGGGAAAAUCCUGCAGCGAGGAGAGCUGUGAGGAGUGCGUCCGUCUGAGGGAUCACGGCGGGAAAUGAAAAACACGCCAGAGGGAAGUUUUUAGAAGCACUUCCUGUUAGGACACCUGGUUCAGAUAGAGAUCAGUGAAAAGUGAAAUCAUUAAAACAGUGAUUUACAAAUUCAGUUAAAUCAAGAAGUGUGGGACUGCUCCCUGUGUGGGAUUUCCCAGGAUUUCCCACAUGUACCAGAAAAUCCGACUGCUGUAAAAUGAGUGAACUGUUGUGAAAGGUGUGAGACAUCGUUUGUAAAAGGAAAGAAAUCUCACUGUUUUUCCUCCUUUCAGACGGCAGCAGGUCAGACGCCCUCUCACAAACACAUUAAAAUCUGUGGGUGAGGUGUGUGACGGUCCAGUGAGGUCUGAACGGGGGAAAUGGAGUGAAAUAGUUUUUUUUUUUUGGUGUUGUAGAAAAAAAUAAAGAUUUCACAGAUCUGACUGUGUUAUAAGCAGUUCCUGCAGAGUGCUGAAUAAAUGUGGGUUUUUAAGGUAGACCUGGUCUGUUGUUGCAGAUUAGCAUCUAUUAUUUAAAGGAGAACCCCCCACCCAUGUCAUUAAAGAGUCCUAAUAAUUGUCUCAAAGCGUGAGAUCACUGCAGGGGUUUUUUACUCCACAUGCUGCCUGUUUGCUGUUAUUAGCUGAAUACGCUGGAAGGAUAAAAUGAGAAAUGUGAAGACAUUCAGUUACAGUUUGGAAACACUGAGCUGAGCUGAAGCUUUUUAACAUAGGAGUGGCUGGCAGUGGCUGGCAGUGGCUGCGUGGUGUGGUGGUUAACACCAACAUGUGAAGAGACCCAGUUUGAGACCUCAUGGAGAACCAGAUCCAUGGGGAGGUUGUGUCAGGAUCCAUCUACUGUUGUGACCCCUCAUUAGCAAAAUAAACUUCCCAGCCGACGGGGAUGAUUCUGAUUUCACACGUCAGCUUAAUUCUGCUGCCCUGGAGGACUAACAUGGAUAACAUGUUAAUGUGGACUUAUUCAUGGGUAACUGCUUUUUUUUUCAUCCACCAGAGUUAACACAAGAACAGUUAAGGUUUAAAUACUUAAAGCUGAUAUCUGUCAUUGUACACAGUAACCAUGGACAGGCUGUUAAAAAGUGUAUCUGGAGUGAGGACUGAAGAGACAAACCGGGUGUUUACGAGCUCCCAAAGGAGCACUUAGAUUCUUACUCAGACCACUGAGAGCCAUAUUGAUCUCCUGAUCUAACCCAGACUACUGUAACAUUACAGCAAGCUUAAAGGUUGUUAUUUGCAUAUUUGUCAAGAACAACGUGCAUUGAGUCAGAGUUAUUUUUCUCCUGCACAGUUUUGCUUCAUGGACAAAAAUACUGGACACAUCACACCCACAGGAGCUGCUCGGCCUGAGCUGAGCUGCUUUUCUCAACACUUUAAUAACAUCGCUUACAGUUGAAUGUGAAAUAUCCAGGACAGGAGAUUUACACACUGACUUGUUGCAGUGGUCUAUGGAUAAAGGCAGACUGCAUGCCUACCUACCUGAUUUUACACACCUGUGGCAAAGGGACUGAAAACCCCUGAAUGCAAAGAUUUAGAGGCCCAGUGUAGUAUAUUUAAUGGGCACAUCUUUGAAAGCUAUUUAUUUUUACUUGCACUGACAAAUGUUUACUUCAACAACUGCAAAGCCAACAAAAAAAAAGAUUUAAUCUCUGACACAAAAAUUGGAAACUUGGAAAUGUGUGAGUCAGUUGUGUUGUUGCACUGACACAUGCACAGUCUGUGGAUGCAGGCAUGUUGGCCUUCAGUGUGUGGUACUUCUGCUCCACUGAGUGUCUCAAAGACCACACAGACUAAAGAAUAGAAAGUGAAGAGUUUGGAAAAAUCGGUGAUUCCUCUGCUGUCACACGUGUGGCUUCAGCCAACUGUAGAACUUUUUGCUCAUGCAGGUGAGGAUAGAACUAACAUAGAUCACUGCACCUGUGGGCAGGCUAAAGUGUGUCCACGGCCCUGGCCAUGGAUGCUACGUGUAAGGGGAGCAUGGAGCAGGUUUAGGAAAGAGGGCGCUGCUGUGUGAGGAGAUGGGACCUGUGGGCAUCCAGGUCAUGCCAGGGACAGUCAAUGCUGUUCUUAUAGGGGGCACUAAGAGCACUCAGUCACCCUGAUAGGUUGCAGACAUGCUGGCAGUCACUGUAAUGGGACUUUGCACCAGAGCAAACUACAUGGUAAAGGAAUGACCCAAGGA